CCUUGUGUUCUAAAAUAACUCCGGUCACGUGGUGCUACUACGUCACAUCUAAACCAAGAUGGCGGCCGCCGGAGGAGAGCCUUCCACUCAGAAGAUGUCGGAUGAAUUAUUUCAGACCUUCAUCUCGGAGGUGAAGCAGAUUGAGAAGAGAGACUCUGUUUUAACAUCGAAGCAGCAGAUUGAGAGACUGCUGAGACCUGGUGCAUCAUACUUUAAUCUUAAUCCCUUUGAGGUGCUGCAGAUUGAUCCAGAGGCAACAGAUGAUGAACUGAAGAAGAGAUUUCGUGCAUUGUCAAUUUUGGUCCAUCCAGACAAAAAUCAGGAUGAUCAAGACAGAGCACAGAAAUCCUUUGAAGCUGUGGACAAAGCCUACAAACUCCUCCUGGAUCCAGACCAGAAGAAGAGAGCUCUAGAUGUGAUUCAUGCAGGGAAAGAAUAUGUGGAGCAUAUGGUGAAGGAGAAAAAGAAACAGUUGAAGAAAGACGGUAAACUGUUAGACGUGGAGGAGGACGACCCAGAAAUGUUCAGGCAAGCUGUUUACAAACAGACCAUGAAGCUGUUCGCAGAGCUCGAAAUCAAGAGGAAGGAAAGGGAAGCAAAGGAUAUGCAUGAAAGGAAAAGGGCAAGAGAGGAAGAAAUCGAGGUAGCAGAGAAAGCCAAGCGAGAUAGAGAAUGGCAGAAAAACUUUGAGGAAACAAGAGACGGCCGCGUGGACAGUUGGAGGACCUUCCAGGCCAAAGGAAAGAAGAGCAAAGAGAAAAAGAACAGGUCCUUCCUUAAACCCCCGAAAGUGAAGAUGGAACAGAGAGAAUGAGGCUGUUAAACAGGACUUUUAUCGGAUCUAACUCACUGUUCUAAAAAAAAAAGAAAACCCUGGUUCUGUGUCCUCACCCUGUCGUCGUCAUCGCACAGUCAUCAGGAUACUUUACAGACGAUGUUUCCUCUUCAUGUCGCUGAAAAUCUGAGUUUUGUACUCGGUUUUCUUAUGUACAUAUUUGUGAUUCAAACCCAGAUGUCAUACCUACGUCACGCAAGAAAGAAUCUUCCACUUCAGUAACGGAUGAGAAAAUGUGAUUUUGUCCUUCUUUUUGUUCUUUUUUUUUUUUUAAUAAAGCUUUGUGUUUUCAACCGCACCCUACAGUGGUUUAAAAAGCUGAGCUGAGAACUUGCAGAAAAGAACAAGAAGUAGGUUUUGUGGGGAUGAUAAAUAAAGGUAUGCGGCAUUAUUGUUUUUAAGAUCUGGUUUUGAUUUCAUUAUUGUCCAAACCAACAUGACACUGGCUCAAUUUAUACAGAAAUGCGCUUUUAAAUCAGAGAAGAACAAAAACAUCCCUCGAGCGUCAGAUGUUUUAGAUUGUGUCAAUAUCACCUUUUAGUUCUGCAUGUUUUGAAUGUAUUCAUCAAAAUGUUGCCAAUAAAUCACCGUACACCUGA